CAUAUGCGGAUAUUUAUGUGUACAUCUACUUACUUAAAUUUUAUUGUAACAAUAUAUAUAGAUAUAUAGAUAUAAAGAGUGUGUGUGUAAUUAUUACGACAUUGUGAUAUAGAUAGUUAGAGAUAAAAGUGUCGAUUUGGACAGUUGCAUUUGGGCCAUAGUGUUGUCGCGAGACGGAGCUUACGGACAGGCCCCGUGUCGUGGAUAAAACGCCAGUCGGAGUUUUUAACAGCGGGGGUUUUCUAGUUGUGCGGGGACAGGUCGCGGCCAUUUUUACCACACGAUGCGGCAACCGUGCGUGCCCGUUCGGUCCGCCAUUCCAAACAAUCGGUGUACGUGCCUUCUUCGGGUACAUUUUGAUCGGAACGCGUACAACCGAUAGGGCCCGGCCCUGUCCUAACAUCACGCUCCUAUCUAUCUGUUGUGAUAAUGGUUGUUUAUUGUUUUAUGUUUAAGUGUUUUGGUUGUCGUUGGUGGGUUUAACAGUUUUUAUUUUUUUUUUUUUUUUCAUUGGGCAAGUCAAGCGCACUGUGGCAUGCAGAAUUUAAUCUAGGUAAUAUAUAUAUCUGGUGAAUCAGUGGGAGUUUAAUAGAUGUAUGUAUUCAGAGAGUAAAAUAUCAGUUGUGUUGAGAAGUUGAAGUUGAGGUUGGCUUUAAAAUGAUAGUAAGUCAGUAUUUGUUGUGAGCGAGUCACAGUAGCUGAAAAAAUGAAAUAUUAAUUAAUCUAUGGUCAUAUGUUUAAAUAUUUUAGUGAUGGUGAUAUUUAUUAUGUUUUAAUGAUAAUAAUAUAUUUAUGAAUUGAUAAAUAAUUAUUUUAUUGAGGAUGUGGUGUAGUUAUUGGCAAGUGGUAACGGGUGUUUUAUUGUAAUAAUAAUCGCAAUAAUACAUUUGGAGCAAUGAUGAGUCUUUGGAAAAGCUAAAAUAUAAGCGGAGAGUUUGAGCGACGGAGCAGUGAUCCCAUUGUCUACAACAUACACAACUUGCCGAUCGAUGUACUCACCGUGGAUGUCCUGUGUGAGAAAUUCGGAUACGCGAGAAUUUGUUGGAGCAGUAACAGCACCAGUAGCAACAGUAAAAGCUAAUAUCACAACGAGAAGAAAAAUAAGUCAAGGAUAAGGAUACAGAUACAAUAAAAAGGAAACGAGGCUUAACGUCUUCCUUGCGGUUAUUUAUUUAUACAAUAAAUAUAGAAAGUGAACAAGUGCAGACGUUAAAAAAAAUAAUUCAAAGCUAAGUAUAAACGUAUAAUUACUUUUAACAAAGACAAUAAUAAUGCCCGAGUGUACAAGAUGUGUUAGCGGUUGUUGGUGUUUCUACUACCGUCGGUGAUUGACUUGUGAAAACGACGGGGGUGUACUCUAGGAGCUGGAUCGCCCUGUUGGCGCCGGCUCCUUGUGGGUCCCCGACGCGUUACUUCUCUCGGGGUGGUGAAACUCGACAUGGAGAUCGAGGUUAAGCAAAGAAAUCAGCGUAAUAGACGUCGCGAACGUGCUCAGAGGAUCCUGGCACAACGUGAGAGUCUUGCUAGUGCUAAGCAACAACAACAACAGACUGCGAGGCAUCGACCUGACGAGGAAGACAGUCACAGUGGUGAAGACGAAGACACUGGCGGCCUUGGUCUUGAGAUAUCUAGAGGAAAUCGUCCUCGUGAUAAUCAUCAACGACCGCCACGGCCACCUAGGCCACCCAGGCCUAGAAAAAAGUCAUCCCUAGCUGGAGCCAACGCGAAGGAGCCACCCUUUGAGGAGGAUAUUAUCGACGGAUUUGCUAUACUAGCUUUCCGUACUUACGAGGACCUCGAGAGUGCAAUAAAGUUAGCUGGUAAAAAUAAUGUGAAGAAACUUCACUCGCUGCUGUCGAUAGUUGAGGAAAAACCAAAGGUGGAUACCGGUCAGAAUAAUCGGCACAACGAUCAUCACAUAAAAAAUCAUUUUAAACACAAUCAUUAUACGAAUAAUUCCAUACUGACACCUUCUACGCUCAACCAGGGCCUCGAUGCAGGUACGAGUGACGAUAGCGGACGAGCGUCGGAACAAUUGCAUGGCCCUGGUAUACCAAGGGACUGCCAGGACGCUGACAGUUCCAGGGACCAUCUCAGCGAUGCUAGCAGCCAUUGCAGUUCGGGUAAAGGCUAUAUCUGUGAUAGUGAAGGAGAAGACGAUAAGGGCUCGGAUGCAGAAUCGAUACUCUUUGAAUCUUCGACCCCACCUCUCCCGCGUAAAUACGAGUUGCCAUCUUCAUCGCCGCACGUAUUGCCGCCGGCAAACGGCGCUGGGGGUUCACCUCCAGACACCGGUGGACAAAUUUCUAAUCCCGCGACGGAUGCUCCGGCACCCAUACCACCCCCUGUGCCUGCCUCAGCACCAGUGCCAACGGCGCCGAGUCCACCCAGUCCAACGUUGCCCCCACACAUAUCCCAAUCACCCAUGACUAGUCCUUUGGCAGCGAAUCCUCGUGCAAUAGCUCCGCAGCAGCGGCCAGCAUCCCCAGCUCUUCCGCCGCCUUCAUUACCACAACAGCCUCAUACACCGAUACCACCAGCGUUACAUCCACCAAAUGUACCAUUUGUCCCGUCGAGUCAUACGACAACAAGUCCAGCGGUUGCGAGUCUCGGCGUGACACCAGCAGCACCAUCAAAUGGUGCUGCUACCAGUACCAGUUAUCCACCACCUCUGCCAAUGGCUGUGUACCCUCAACCGCCACCCUCUCAUCCACCUCUUUACACUCCUUAUGCCACGCUUAAUCAUAGUCCAUAUCUACCACCAGCAGUAUCGUCGCCCUCGCAUUCAGCAUCAUCGAGAACUGAUGUGAGAGCUAGUCGAGCAUCACCGUGUACCAACAUUACCAAACAAACUAUUGGAAGUACCACUGUUAAUCACAAUAGCACAACUCCUCUCAGCGCAGCAACCACCACUUGUGUAUCUACAAUAACAAAUACAGUUACCACCGCGAAUACAAUUGCUCACAGAGACGUUGUAGCAUGCAGCCUUGCCGGGAGGAAUAAUAAUAAUUCACCGCGAGGUCACAGUCCUAAUCGUGAACGCGAUAGUUACAGCAGUAACGUGAGUACGUUGAGUCGAAGCAGUAUAACGCCUGUAAGUGUGCCAAACACCUCCUCCCCAGCCAAUUCUAGUCUACCCGCUUACUCUAAGGCUCAAGGAUGGAUCAGCAGCAACACGACAUCCCAAUUGUCACCGGCAACAGCAACAUCUGUACCAAGGCCAACACCACCACCGCCUCAGGCAACACUAGGAAUGCACAGUUUUCCACCACCGAUGUUUACUGCGCCGCUUCCGCCACCCGUGUCCAGUGCGAGUCCUCAUCCUUCGCUACCUACGUUACCUCCUCCGACCACUAAUCCAAUUCCGUUCUCUGCCGAGUCGCUCUUCCAAUCAAGGGUGAGCCAUGUUACAGGUCAGACUGAUUUAUUAAGAAGAGAAUUAGACAACAGAUUUUUAGCAUCACAGGAUCGAAAUGUUCCUGCGGCUGUUACUAAUCUCGGACCACCACCUUAUCUUAGGACUGAAAUGCAUCAUCAUCAACAUCAACACACACACGUCCAUCAACAUACAACACCAUUAUUACCACCACCUGCGACAACUUCAUUAUUUCCACCGCCAAUUUUUAAGGACAUUCCAAAGUUAGGUGGCGUUGAUUCGCCAUUUUUUCGUGGAAACCUCAACUUAUCGAGUUAUUCAAGCUUUAACGCUGGUCUUCUGCAUCCGGGCAUGGCACCACCUACAACGCCAUUCGUUCCGCCAAAUCAUAUGAGUUCAUUUGCACCAAAAAAGACUGGAAAGUGGAACGCAAUGCAUGUACGAAUAGCGUGGGAAAUAUAUCACCACCAACAAAAACAACAAGCAGAAGCAAAAGCUGGUACUGUUGUCAAUACUAAAACAGAAUUACUCAGGCCUCCUGGUCAUUUGUAUCCAGGAGGUCCAGGUAGCGGGCUUGGGUUAGGAGCACCACCUAUGGCUCCGCCAUUCCCUACAAAUAUGCCACCAACUCACCCCGGGGCACCACCACCUCCUCAUCCUGUAGGGUUCCUAACAACUCAAGGUUCACAUUUAGGUAUGCUUAAAGGACCAGGUAUGUCACCUUUUGGAAGAUAUCCAGCAUCAUUUGGUGCGCCUAAUCCAAACUUUCCAACAUUAUCGGGAUAUCCACCAACUCGAGAAAUGUCUCAGUUAAGUGGGCUCACCUCAGCAGUUCAUGAUCCUUGGAGAGGGUUGCAACGAACAGCGACUGGUUUUCCCCCGACAACAGCCGGUUGGAGUUUGAAACCCGAGCCACCUGCAAUAGAUAGACGAGCUGAGUUGGAGGAACAACAACAGCGAGAACGUGAGCGCGAAAGGGAACGCGAGCGUGAACGUGAACGUGAAAGGGAACGCGAACGACAGAGACGUGAGAGAGAGCGCGAAGAACAGCGUGAGAGGGAACGACGUGAGCGUGAAAAAGAGGAAAAGAGAAAACAGCAAGAAGCUGCUGAACGUGAGCGUGAAAGAAGAGAGAAAGAACGCCGUGAAAUGGAGAGAAGAGAAAUGGAACGCGAGAGGAUAAUGCAUCAAAAUCGUCAGCAUGCAGUGAUGACUAGUCGAGAUCGUUCACCCUUGAGAAACGGCACCUCAAUGCCUAUGGAUCCAAGUGAGGUGCGCGUCAAAGAAGAACCAAGAAGCAAAGAUGACGAUGUUGUUAUGCUUUCUCGUGGGCCACCCCCCGGGCCAGGGCCCGGACAGGGACCAAGUCCAAUACCUGAUCCUAGGUAUCAUCAUUCCCAUCCUCACGCUUAUCUUGCGCGACAUCCCCACAGCUUACCGCCUAAUCAUCACGCAAUGUCAAGGAGUAUGAUGCCGCUAGGUGGUCAUCAUAUGCAACAUUUUCCUCCACCCUCGGGACCAGGAGGGCAACCUGGUGGACCAUGGGGCGCUGAUCCAUUCCGGGAUCCCUAUCGGUAUGACCCUCUUCAGCAGUUGAGAUAUAAUCCGUUGAUGGCAGCGGCAUUCAGAGCUGAAGAAGAAGAACGUGCUAAACUAUAUGCGAAUUACAGUCAAGCCUCUGUUAACGCUUUGAGAAGUAAAGAUCCCAGUCCUGGACCACUGAGUAAUCUUCAUAUGCAUCACAGAGCUGGACCUGGACCAGGUGUACCAGGCAGACCAAUGGAACCUUCACUUAUGCAUGGUGGUGACAUUCAUAAGAAAGAGGAUACCUCACAAUCACGAUGAUACAUCACUUGCGUAUCAUCGUCGUCGCUAGUGAAUAAACAAUAAUAAUAACAAUAAUGAAGCAAUGCAUUUGACGUGCGGUGACUUUUUCGUGAAUGUUUAUAGACGUCAAAAAAUUUUUUGAGGAUGCUUAUUCGAUAUUUUUCAAGCGAAAUGUAUCCUCUGAUAUUAUUAUUA